CACAGCCAAAGUAAUAACAAAACCCGCAUAACGUUCGAUUAGCUCAGCUGGGAGAGCGUUGUAGGUAGGUGUGUAUACUAAACAUGUACUACUGCCUACGAAGGCCAGGAGUUCAAAUCUCCUAUCGGACAAGUUCCUGGGAAUCCUCAUUUGCCAGGAGAGAGGAUUUCUCGACCAGAUUCUCAAGGUUCCCGGAAUCCUCCCUCCUGGCAAAAGGGACUCUCGCGGAAUCAUUCUUUUUUUGGGAGGGGGGUUUCUUUUUUUAUCUUGGCUUCUCUUUCGCUUUUUUUAUCAUCGGAUAUGUUCCCGAAAGGCUCGUCUCUGAUGCGAGAGGAUUUCCUUCGGGAAUCAUCUUUUCUUUUGGUCUUUUGAUCUUAGCUUUUUUCCGGGUUUUCAUCUCUUGAUUUCCAUGUUUUCGUUUUUUUCGUUUUCCA